UGGCACUCUCAACUUUUAUCUGCUUUGCGUAUAAAGAAAUAAUCACGUAUUUUCGCGAAGGACUUCAGAUAAGCACGACUGGCGUAUUAAGUUUUAAUACCUUGAAACUUUAAACCGAGAGAUGUCAGUCAAUAUUUAAAACCCCUGCCAAAUUAAAAUGUAAGAAAUCGCAAGUGAAUGGACGUUUAUGUCAUAUAGAAAUAUACCUUUGGAUUAUUGGCAUCAAGUGUCGGAAUUUGUCUGUAAAUCAAACACUCGUCAUGCUUGGGAGACCAAUAGAAAUGAAUACAGGGUUUCAACAGCACACAGUGCCGGGAAAAUAAACAGCACCUUACCUUGGCUAUCACGCGAAGUGAAAAGUACCAAGUUUUAGACUACAUCCUUACCUAAAAUAUAACUAUGAUGGCCGUAGCAUAAUUUGGAAUUGAGUAGCACUGGCUAUAGAAAGUUGUCUACCGAUUGUCUCUUAAUUUUAAAAUGUAAAUUGUUUCUUCACGGCGCAUGCGUAUCCGGAAAUGAUAUUAUGCAAUGAUAUCAACUAAAAUGAAAAAUAUGGCGUCUUAUGAUCUCAAUAACAAAACUACAGUAACAAUGGAUUUCAAAGUAAAGUACGAAGUGGGAAUACAUAAAAUGCAAAAAGUAACUUUCCCGCCAAUUAGAACAGGCGUCCACGUGAGCGUUGCUGCAAAAGAACCACCAGAGAGAAGUUGGUCAAAAUAUAAGAAAGUUCUCAUUGACAAUCCUAAAGACUCCAACUUACUGCAGAGACAGAAACUUUGGAAUUUUCAAAAAUUGAAUCGUGGAGCAUUUAGAUCACAGCUGGCGUCACUUCCGGAUAUACCUUAUCGUGUGCAGCCGAAUCCGGUUGAGAAGGUAAGCGUCGGAGUGCAAGCAGAUUUGACGAACAGAUUUAGUCAAAAUUUGAGAGUUAUAUUUCCGAAUUUAGUGGAUAAAAGAAAACGCUCUUCACUUGAUCAGACUGGUACCGAAACAAAUGACAGCUCUAAUAAUCAAACGGAACUAAGUUUAAAAUUGUCGAAGCCGGCGUCAAAUGCAGACGACUAUUCAGACGAUUUCGAUGAGGAAAGUUUUUAUGAUGAUCCAGGAUUAGAAUUUGAUACGGUUGUUCGGAAGAAAAAUGCUGGAACAAUGACGGACACGAUAGCGAGUGUAAAACCAGCAAUGAAACGAGAAAAGAAACUGAGAUCUUUUCGAGAAAGAAACACAAGUAUGUAUAAAUAUAAGCUUCCAAUUUUGAAAUCAAAUGAACAGACUCCUCGAGUAACACGUGAAGCGAAAAGUGUGAAAUUUGAACGCGAGAUUAUUGCACAAGAAACAGACGAUGAAGAUGAAAAAGUAAAUGUGGAAUCUGCAAUUACUACACCGGAAGCAGAAGAACUGGAAGAAAUACUCUCGGCUGUAAGCAAAGUCGAAAUUACGGAAAUACCCGAACGUGUGCGCGUGCCGUCCCCAGCAUCGUCAGUAGACAGUAGAGUUCCUAAAAUUCCACUUGAAAACAUUGGCCCUUCUAGUAACUUAGCAACAGAUCCAGUCUCUAUACUUGAUUACAUAAGCGGCAAUCUUUCAAACCGUUCUAGGAACAGUGAAAAUGGCGGCAAAAAGCGCCGUACAAAAUUUGUGUCUGAUCCAGAAGCCGAUCGUGUUUGGUUUGAGAAAAUUGUUGGAGAUAAAGAGAUCAUUGACUCUGGAACUUACGAGAAUUUUGCACGCUCACGUCCAAACGUUGAUGAUCAGACGGAUUCUAAUAAUGAGAAAUAUACAGAUUUAACAAGAAAUAGUCCAAGGAAGAACUUUACUCCUAGAAUUAACGACGAAUUUGCAGUUUAUCAUUCUGUUGUAGCAAAAUCGACUAAAAAGCCAUCAAACAAUGCUCCCGCUAAUACAAACAAAGGCAAAAAUCUAAAACGAGGUUUAAUUAAUAUAGGCAAGUCAUAUUAAUCCAUGAAGCAUUCAUUAAACAGGCUGAGCAUAUAAAUUUUCUCCUUCGGGGUAAAUUACACAUAUGUACCUCGGUCGUGGUAUUAUACCAUACAAGAACAGCAGUAAAAUACACAAUAUCUGGGUGUGAAUUUAAGCUGUCUUUAGUACCAGCCUUUACCACGAAGAUGCUACUUAUUAUUCUACCUGUACAAUUUUAUAUGAAAAUAACACUUACAAUAUUAAAACUUCCGCCCCCCCCCCACACACCCUUCCAAAGAAAGAACUUUUGACACAGCGAGCUAGAAUGAACUAUACUUGUUCUGUUGUCCGUCUAAUAAGGAAGGUUCCCAUCCUUCUUCAGAUAAAAGCAAAUUAUCAUAUUGUUGUUUAUCAUAAUUGUCUAAACUACAGGGGGUCCUGGAAUUAUGCCGAUUACCCUUAUCUAAGACACCUGCAAAAUUCUAGAAAGGUACGGAUCAUUAGUUUUCGAUACUUCAAUAUUUAUAAGAUAAACAUUUAUAGAUUGAAUAAAGAGAACGAAACCAGUAUAAAUAUUGCAAUAAAAUUCAUUGGACCCUAUUGAUACGUGCGCUAAUCAAUAAGUUUAUACGUUUUCUUUCUUUUAACUUGCCGCCGAUCAAUUUUAAUCAUGAAUCUUAAACACAUAAGCAUAAAAGCGAGAUAUUGUCACACCAUAUGUAUAUAUUUCUUAAUCUAUUUAUGCGUUAUCUCAGUCAAUUUUUAUAAUAUUUUGAGAGAAAAAAAACAACAACAACAACAAAACAGUGGUAAACCACAAAGUCUUCCGGCGCCGGCAUCCUACGGUCCUACGACUGGGCUUCACAUAUUGUCUAUUUUUUAUUUUUUUAAAUAUUCGUUCAGUUCAUCCAAUGUCCUUCUGCUAUAAAGUGACAUCGUCGUUUGUACUCUACCUUGAUAUUGAACCAACACGGUAUGCAAGUUGAAGUUCAUCCGUGCCAAGUAAAGAUAUGAAACAGACAUGAAAUACGACCUUGUCCUUGGAAAAAUAUUGCCAGAUGCUACAUUCUACACAUUAUCCAAUUAUGCCCCUAGGGCGAAAAGAGGCCCCGCCCUGGGGGUCACUUAUUAUAUGAGUUAUAUAGGAAAAAAUGCUUAAAAAAUUAUCAGAUCAUUUUUCUUAGACUGUUUAAUUAUAUUUACCUGAUGUACCCAAGUGAUUACGGGUCACCUUACUGUGACCUUGACCUUCUGACAUACUUUCAUGUUUUUUUAAGAUACAGCCGUGAAACUUCGAUGACGUGUACAAUUUUGCACACAGAUCUUAAAAAUUGACUUUCAGUAACCAUGAAUGUGACCUAAUGACCUACUUUCUUAAUAUUUUAACAUCAGUUUGCCAUUUGAAACGUGGCUCAUACUACUCAGGUGAGCGAUUCAGGGUCAUCAUGACCCUCUUGUUUUUCUUUUUUUGUCUAAUGAGGCAAAUAUGAACGUUAUUAUUUCCAAAAUCUAUAUUGAAUCGUAGAUCAUUUGCUGGUAUAUGAGUUCCAUAAAUUAUCACCGUUUAAGUAACAUCAGAACUUAAGAAAUCCAACAGUUUUAAUUUCUUGAGACACUCUGACGUUAAAUGGAAGCAAGAAGCUUUUACCCUAUUACUAUUAUAAAUAUACCGUUGUAUUGUUUAUAAAGUCAAGAAUACCUAUGUGUUAAUAAGCACAGGCACCAGUAUCGGACCUAGGACAAAAAUAUGUUGGUUUUUUUUUACAUAUGUAUCUUUUGAAAGGGGCUCAUAUUUCACUACAUAGUUUUCAUUUUCAACUCAUUAAGGAUGAAAACAAACAUAUUUUUGUCCCAGGUCCGAUACUGGUGCCUGUGUUAAUAAGCUGUCAUGUUUUGGAAAAAUAUAGUUUAUUUGCCUCUAAAGUAAAAGAAAUUGAAAAGUUUAGUGUAUUUCACAAUAUGUUCAAUAUAAGCGAUGGUGAUACUUUUAAAACAAAUUGGAAGCAAGAUGUUCAGUUAGAAUAAAUAUUUUCACAUGAAACUGAAGAGGGGAAAUUGAUGUAUACUGCCAUAUGUGUUAAAAUAUUCACAAAUUUAAAUUUAUAUUUGAAAUUAAUCAUUGAAAAUAAAUGUCCUAUAUAAUCUAUUGCUCAAAGUGACAUCACCAGGUAAUUGGAUAAUUUUCAAGGGGGACAACCUACUAGGAUAUGCCAGUCAAAUAUAAUAAAAGCUGGGGAUGAAGAAAAAGAAAAUUUAUGUAUUGUGACCAGAGAAAAGAAAAUAUAAGCAUAACGAAUAUGAUUAAACGAAAAGGAAAUGUAAUGUAAACAAGAAUAUUAUUUGCCUACUGUGUGAUAUGUUUGCAAUUUGUUUGUUGUUUAUACUUCUUUCAAAAAAAUUACAGUAUUGAAAAG